AGAAACUUUGCAGGGUGGGGACCCGGCGGCUGCUGGCCGGUAGUGACUGGUGGGCGCGCUCGAGGACUCCAAGGGGCGCAGCCCGGGGGGCAGACCCUCGGGUCGGGCGGGGAUCUUACGCUUCCCUUACCCGCCCCCUUUUGUCUUUCACCUCAGCCCCGCCGGCUGCUGUGGGAGCGGCGGCCGUCCCUCUCCUGGAGGUUGUCUCCUGGCAUCCUCGGGGCCGCAGGAAGGAAGAGGAGGCAGCGGCCGGAGCCCUGGUGGGCGGCCUGAGGUGAGAGCCCGACCGGCCCCUUUGGGAAUAUGGCGACCGGUGGCUACCGGACCAGCAGCGGCCUCGGCGGCAGCACCACAGACUUCCUGGAGGAGUGGAAGGCGAAACGCGAGAAGAUGCGCGCCAAGCAGAACCCCCCGGGCCCGGCCCCCCCGGGAGGGGGCAGCAGCGACGCCGCUGGGAAGCCCCCCGCGGGGGCUCUGGGCACCCCGGCGGCAGCCGCUGCCAACGAGCUCAACAACAACCUCCCGGGCGGCGCGCCGGCCGCACCUGCCGUCCCCGGUCCCGGGGGCGUGAACUGCGCGGUCGGCUCCGCCAUGCUGACCCGGGCGGCCCCCGGCCCGCGGCGGUCGGAGGACGAGCCCCCAGCCGCCUGUGCCUCGGCUGCACCGCCGCCCCGGCGUGACGAGGAGGAGCCGGACGGCGUCCCGGAGAAGGGCAAGAUUUCGGGCCCCAGUGCCAGGAAAGGCAAGGGGCAGAUCGAGAAGAGGAAGCUGCGGGAGAAGCGGCGCUCCACCGGCGUGGUCAACAUCCCUGCCGCAGAGUGCUUAGAUGAGUACGAAGAUGAUGAAGCAGGGCAGAAAGAGCGGAAACGAGAAGAUGCAAUUACACAACAGAACACUAUGCAGAAUGAAGCUGUAAACUUACUAGAUCCAGGCAGUUCCUAUCUGCUACAGGAGCCACCUAGAACAGUUUCAGGCAGAUAUAAAAGGAAGAGAGAUAAACCCUACACAGAGCAAGGAGCUGUUAUGAGGAGUGGGAGUGUUGGAGGGUGAAGACAAUGGGGCAGUGAAAGAUACUAAAAGGAUGGAAGCCAGUUAAGUAGUUGUUGGUUAUUUGGGAAUUUCAGAAUAUAUCCUGUACUUCUGAAUAUUUGAUACUUAUUCUAAAAGUAGGCUUUACCCUUGAGUCUUGUAUUUCUUCUCAUUGCUAAGCUUUAUAAUGUCUAUUUUAGUGGAAAAUUCCUCUAGCUAUAAUCUCUUAAUGCUGCCAAUCUCAUUCUCAUGAUAGUUUUAGAAUAAUAGUGUAAUUUUCCCCAACACAACACCCUCUGGUGUUUCUACAUAAAAUGCGAAAAUUCCCAGAGGGGGAAAACUUCCAGUAAGGGGUGGCAUUUAUCUUUGAUGAUACCGUUUCUUUUCCCUUUUCUGAGCAUUAUAGUUCAUGUCUUUGUAGCUAAGAGUGGAGGGAGGAUUCUUUUUGGAUCGUAUUAGAGAUUUAUGUUAACAUUCCUAAGUAAAAUGUUAAAAACUUUUUGGAGUUAAUGAACAAUCUUUUAUUCCGAGUAUUUUGCACUGUGCAUAUCUGGCUUUCAAAAUAGGUUAAAUGGCUAAAUUUGGCAAUAAGAUCAAGUAACACAAUUCUUCACAAUUAUGACAGUAUUCUCUAAAACAUAAUACAUAUUGGGAAUGAAGCACUGAUUUUGUUUUUCACUAUUCCUUGCAUUUGCAUAAUGAAGGCCGGGUGUGGUGGCUCAUGCCUGUAAUCCCAGCACUUUGGGAAGGCCGAGGUGGGCGGAUCACCUGAGGUCAGGAGUUUGAGACCAGCCUGGUCAACAUGAGGAAACCCCAUCUCUACUAAAAAUACAAAAAUUAGCCAGGCGUGGUGGCGGGCACCUGUAAUCCCAGCUACUUGGGAGGCGGAGGCAGGAGAAUCACUUGACUGCAGGCUGAGGUUGCAGUGAGCCAAAAUAGUGGCAUUGCACUCCAGCCUGGGCAACAGGAGUGAAACUCUGUCUCCAAAAAAAGAAAAUUGCAUAAUGAUGUCGUUUAUGUAUUGACAAGUCUAAGAUGGAAGGUUUUAAAAAUUGUUAAUAAGUUAAACUUUUUUGAAAUAUUGUUUUAAACAUGUUCAUCAAGCAAAUAACACGAUUACUAACGGACAUCCCUAUUUCUGGAUGGUUUGUUUGUAGCUGUCGGCAUUAUAGUUUCUACCUAAAAAGUCAUGGAUGGAUGCAGAAAGUUGGACUUCUUUUUUUGUGAAAAAUGGGUCCUUUAAAAUGUUUCUAAUGGUCUUCUAUAAUAUGGUAUGGCUUUGGUGAUACCUUCCUCUGUUGAUUUUCUUUUUACCACUUUGCUGGUAUUUCCCAGUCUUAUUUGUAGUUCUUUCUUUCCUGUAUCUCUUCUUCGUGUAUUGGUAUUACUCGAUUUUUUUUGUUUUUGUUUCUUUUUACAGGGUUUCACCAUGUCACCCAGGCUGAGUGCAGUGGCGUAAUCGCUAACUGCAGCCUCAACCUCUUGGGCUCAAGCAAUCCUCCUACCACAGCCUCCCAAGUCCCAAGUGCUUGGGACUCCAGGAACAUGCCACCAUGCCUGACUAAUUUUUUAUUUUUUUAAUUUUAUAGAGACAGAGUCUCAUUAUGUUGUCCAGACUGGUCUUGAACUCCUGGACGUAAGCAGUCCUCCUGCCUUGGCCCCCCAAAGUGCUGAGAUAACAGGUGAGAGCCACUAUGCUCAGCCUACUCAGCUGUUAAUCUUAGACUUUAUUCUCUUUUCGUUUUGUGUAUUUGUGGUAGAAAUUUCAUUCACUCCGAUGACUUCACUUAUUAUCUAUACAUAAUGCUGAUGACUCCAGAUCCAGAAGCCAGGAGUUUGAGACCAGCCUGGUCAACAUAGUGACACGUCUCUACAAAAAAAAAAAAAAAAAAAAAAAAAAAAAUUAGCCAGGUAUGGUGGCAUAUGCCUGUAGUUCCAUACCUGUAUAAUCAACAGCUAUUAAAUAUCUGCUAAGCAAACUAAACUAAGCAUUUUUAAAAGUAAACUUGUGAAACCUGAUGGAUUUCAGUAGUUGACAUCAGCAUCUACUUUUGCUGAAGUCAGUAGCCUGGACAUUAUUUAUGACACUUAUUUUUUUUUCCCACCUUGCCCUUAUCCAUUCAUUCACCAAGCCUUGUUGAGUUUAUCUUCUGAGUAUCUCAUUGCCAUCACACCAAUCUAGGACACCAUCAUCUCUUACAUAGGUGAUUACAAUAGCCUCCACACUGGCCUCCCUGUCUCCGUUUAGCUCAUCUCCCAAUAUAUUUUAUAAAAAUGAUACUGUUACUUUCUCUGCUUUAAUGGCUUACCAUUACCUUUAAAUGGAGUCUGAAUCAGUGGUCUCCAAAGGGGGGUAAUAUACAAGAUAAUCUGCUAGGGUGCAGGAGGAAAAUAUUGGAACUUUUAUUCAUAUUUACCUUUUUAUUUGAAAAACACUAAGGCAUUAAUAUUUAAAAGCUACUACUGUGUAAUAGUUAUUUAGUCAUUCCUUCUUUGCUCUAUAUGUCAGAUGGUCAUUUGGUACUAAAGGUGUCCUGAGGGAAGCAUGCUUUGUUCACUUUCUGCAUGUUGCACAAUACUAUAAUUUGAAUGUCCAUCUAUGCAGAUUUAUGAGUUAUCUAGUUUAACUAUUACAAAAUAUGUAAGUCUGGGAUUAGGGAAUUUGUGGAGAAAAUCAAGUGUUUAACUGCAAAUCAGAUCACAUUGUUGUUCAGCUGGUAAGAUAUACAAAAUCAAAUCUGUUCUCAUGAAUUAAGAAAAAUUACGCUGAUUUUGAGGUUUUAAGUGAAACUUUUUAAAAAAAUUCUCAUUUUUUUGUAAGGCAUCCCUUUCUGCUUUGAUAGCCAUUAAAAAUCAAAUAUUCAAACUGAUGUUGGAACUAGAUCUUUGAAUCUCUGUAUCACACGGUGUUAAGAUCUUCAGAAAUAAUGAAGCAUAUUCAAUAUUUUAUUUAAAAUAUUUGUGAGAACAAACUUUUGUACCAUAAAUAAAACAAAUUUUAGUCUUUUUCUUAUGCUCUAUUUUUGGGAUACAGACGAUUAUUUUAUAUUGUCAUAUUGUAAAUCCUAUAAAAAUGGUAGAUAAGUAAACAUAGAUUCCAACAUGGGUAUGUAAUUAUGAAUAAUAUUUGGAGAUCUUUAGUUUAAAUUCUUCCAUAAAAUAGCUUUCAGGGCCAGGCAUGGUAGCUCAGACUUCUACUCCAAGCACUUUGGGUGGCCGACGCAGGAAGAUCGCUUGAGGCCAGGACUUCAGGACCGGCCUGGGCAACAUAGCACGACCUAACUUCUAAAAAAUUAAGAUAAAUUAGCGGGCAUGGUCGCACUCCAGAGGCUGAGGGGAGGAUUGCUUGGGCCCAGGAAUUUGAAUUUACAGUGAGCUAUGAUUGUCCACUGCACUCCAGCCUGGGCCACAGAGUGAGAACCUGUCUCUUAAAAAAAAAAAAAAAAAAAAAAAUUCAGGUUUCCUGCCUGCUUUUUCAGCCUCAUAUUUUAUUACUCUUAUGUUUACACUCCAUGCUUUAGCCAUAUUGGAGUUUUCUGUUUCUCAAAUGGGCCACAGUUUAUAGGUUUUUGCACAUUCUUGUCCUUCUUUUUACGUUUCAACCUUCUCUAACAUAGUGAUACCCAAAGUGUAGUCCUUGAACUGUUUGUUGUCAAUCCAAGACAAGAAAAGAACUUGAGAAUAAGCAUUUAGAAACUUGAAUUGCAUUUUGACUUGUCAUCAUCACAUCCAAGUGCAUGAUCAGUGGAUUACUCUGUGAACAGGAUAUAGAGUAGUUCAAGUGCCGUGGCAAGUUGCAUGCUAAUCAUGCCCAGCAGGGCUGUUACAAUGUGUGAUAUUUUGAAGUUAGUCAUUUGUAACCCAAAAAUGUGUAAGAAUUAAGUAAAAUGUGGCUGGCUCAUGCCUGUAAUCCCAAGACCAAGGCAGGAGGAUAGCUUGAAGCCAGGAGUUUGAGACCAGCCUGGUCAACAUAGUAAGACACGUCUGUACAAAAAAAAAAAAAAAAAAAAUUAGCCAGGUAUGGUGGUGGCAUAUGCCUGUAGUCCCAGCUACUUGGUAGGCUAAAGUGGAAGGAUCACUUGAGCCUAGGAGUUUUGAGGUUUCAAGGCUGCAGUGAGCCAUGGUGGCACCUCUGUACAUCAGCCUGGGUGACAGUGCAAGACCCUAUCUCCCCCCGCUCCCCCCCCAAAAAGCAAAGCAUUUAUUUUUAAAAUCUCAUUAAUUUUAAUCACACUUCUUCUCAUCCCAUAAAUAAUUUAAAAAUAUAUAGUAAUUUUAAAAUGUAAAAAUCUUUUUCAUUCUUUAGAAUUUUAUGUUUUACAAGUAUUAUUUAAAUCCUGGAAGCAAAAUUUGUAUUAUUUAUAAGUCAGAUUUACUGAUGACAAAACAAACUUUACUGGACUUUUUUGACAAGCAAAGAUACACUUUUUUGAAUGCGAUAGCAGUAGUAAACCAAAUGAUGACAAUGGAAGUAAUUUCAAAGAGAUACAGAUCAAAAGAAUUUGUACUAGUUUUCUUGGAAAGUAUUAUGUGUCCUAUGUUUAGUUUUUAGCCAUAAUUGAUGGGCGAAGUGCUAAAACCAAAACCAAAGUGGGUUGUUUGGAGAUACACUGGCUAUUUAAACAAUAUAAAAUGAUCAAAAUUUAAUUGGUAGUUGUAGGCAUGACAUGUUCAAAACGAAUUCAUCAAAUAUGUUCAAAACCAAAUUCAUUAUUUGAAAGAAUAUUACAAAGAUGACCGGAGCAGAUGUUCAGGAUUUCACAUGUGAUCACUAGUAUUUUUGGGGUUUCUGAUAGUCUGACUUGAGGUUGCUAACAUUAAAAAAAACUGCAUACAAAUGACAAGACAAAACAUGUUUGGUUGGAAAUGUUGGAUGAAUCUGUAGUAAAGAAGAUAGUUCACAUACCACUUUCCAGCAACACCAUGAUAGCUUGAUGUGUUUAGGGACAGGACAGUGAUACGGAAGACUAACUCUCAGACAAAUAAGAUCCUGCAAAGGAAUUUUUGUUACAAUUUGAUGAACACAUUGGUUUUGCUAACAUAGGAAGUAACAAUUUAUUUUUCAGCUUCAUUGCUGACAAAUACAGCUUGCUCUGAACUAUAUAACACUUGCAAAGGGUUACGGUAUCAACAAAUGUGGUUUGGAGUUUUGCUUUACUUUUAUAGGAAUAUAUUCUAAUUAUGCAGGCACAGUAAUAAGAAAAACAUACUGAAGCUUGUACCAGAAUGUAAAUCAGUGUCCUGCUUCUUUCAUUGAGAAAGUCUUGCUUUGUCAGCUGAACUAAACAGUGUUCUUGCUAUAUCAGCUGAAUUCACAGUAUAGUACACUAAAAGUGUGAAUUUAUUAUUAAACACUAAUUCAUUACAUUUGAGAUUUCUAAAAAAUUAGAUACUGUAGUUUGGGAGUUAGCUGAUCAGCUGUUAUCAGAUGCUAGGGUGUACAUUGGUCUUCAAACUGACCUUUUCGGUCAAGAGUAUUUGAAUUUUGGGAUGAACUCUUGGUGUUUUUGCAAGAUAAGAAACCAGUUUGGUCCCCAGCUUUUCAAAUAUGUGAGUUAGCUUUUUGUCUGAUGGCCUUAUUCUUUAUUUUUUAAGUGAUCUUAGCUUUCCAUGCAAAGAAGGAAUGUCAGUUGGCCGGGCGCAGUGGCUCAUGCCUGUAAUCCCUGCACUUUGGGAGGCUGGGGCAGGUGGAUCAUGAGGUCAGGAGCUCAAGGCCAGCCUGGCCAACAUGGUGAAACCCUGUCUCUACUAAAAAUACAAAAAUUAGCCGGGCAUGGUGGCAGGCGUCUGUAAUCCCAGCUACUCAGGAGGCUGAGGCAGGAGAAUCGCUUGAACCCAGGAGGCGGAGGUUGCAGUGAGCCAGAAGGCUUUUCAAUGGCAGAUAAGAUCAGGUGACAAAAAUGAAAGUUGGAUUUUUGAGGAGAAAGUUACCUUAGCUGGUUAUAAAGGGUUCUACGAUAUAGUAGCAACUAUCAGUAAAGUAGAUGGUGAUCUUGGUAUUGCACAUUUGAAAAGGUUACUAUCAAAUACCUUACAAAUUUGAUAGGACACUUUUAUUUUCUAUCACAAGAAAAUUCAUAGGUAAGAAAUUCAUAGAUGAGGAAUCAAUUUUUAAAACGAGAAGUCACUUUCGAUUUAACUGUAAAUUUGCUGGAUAAAUUAUUGGAAAUGGAUACCAGUCAGUGAAGGAUUGAAAACAAAUUUUGAAAAGCAAAUUUUCUACAUUUUUGACACAAGUUUUUAAAAAUGAAUGUCCGAGCUUGUUGAAAUUGCAUUAAAAUCACUGCUGUUUCUGUCCUUUGAGACUGUUUUCUCUGAUUGCUAUUAAAACAAAACACAGAGAUAGUUUAGAUAUACAUUAUCCCUUGUUGAGUAGCAUUGUCCUCGGUCCAACCUAGAUUAACAAAUGUAGUAACUGGCUUUCAAGAUAGCCCCCAGUGAACCCUACCUCCUGAUGUUUGCACUGUGUAUAAUCCUCUCACACAACAUACCAAGUUGAUAUGUGUGAACAAUAGAAUAAGGUCAGUGUGAUAGUAUGUCACUUUUGAGGUUGCGUUAUGACCGACACUGCAGCUUCUGUCUCGGUUGCUCUGUCAGUUUGUCUCUGGAAGCCAGCUGCCAUGUGGUGAACAGGCCAGUGGAGAGGCCAACAUAGUGAGGAACUGAGGCUGUUGUCAUCAGUCAUGUGAGUGAGCUUAGAAGCAGAUUCUCCAGCCCAGUUAAGCCUUCAGAUGACUGAAGCCCCAACCAACAUCUUGAUUAAAAGCUCAUGAGAAGCCCCGAAUCAUAAUCACCCACCUAAGCUGCUUCUAAAUUCCUGACCAACGGAAACUUUGAGAUAAGAAUUGUGUGUAAGUUUGGGGGUAAUUUUUAACAGAAUAAUACAGCAAACAAGAAGCAAACUCAUUUGUUACAUUAAAAACUUUACUGACAUAUGUGCUGUUCAGAGGGUAUGAACUGGUGUUUAAGGAAUUGCUGUUUUACUUACAACUUUUGAUUAAGUUAGAAUUAUGGCAUAACAAAAUUAUCAGUAUGGUAGCAAUUUUCUGUAUUGAUUGCCUGUAUGCAUAUUUAUAGUGGAGAAUUUGCCACUGAUGUAACUCUUUUCUUUUUUUCUAUUUAUAAUUUUAUGGGUCUGAAUCUAAUAAAACAUUUGGACUUGUAUUUUGUAUGACCUUUUUAACUUUUAUUUUUCCAGCAGUUCAUUUUAAUUUUACUUUUUAAAAGUAUUGGUCCAUGAAAGAUUGUAAUUUUGAAGAAGGAAAGUGGGUUUUCACCACAGAUAGUCUGGGCGAUCUAGGCCAGGCACAAUGCUCACAUCUGUAAUCCUAGCACUUUGGGAGGCUGAGGUGUGUGGAUCGCUUGAGCCCAAGAGUUUGAGACCAGCCUGGGCAACAUGGUGAAACCCUGUCUCUGAAAAAAGAAAUACAAAAUAAUUUGCCCGGUGUGGUGGCCACAUGCCUGUAGUCCCAGCUACUCAGGAGGCUGAGGUGGGAGGAUCUCUUGAGCCCAGGAAGCUGAAGCCACAGUGAGCUGUGAUUGCACCACUGCACUCCAGUCUGGGUGACAAGAGUGAGACCCCAUCUCAAAAAAAAAAAAAAAAAAGAUAAUCUGGGAGAUCUGUCCUAUCGUAGUUCUCAUAGUAUCCAUCACUGACCUUAUUUUACUGAUCAUCUUGCUUUAUUAUUAGUUAUAUUCCGUUUUAACCAAAAGCUCUAUGAAGGGCAGAGUCCAUGUUUGUGUUUGCUGUUACGUCUUCAGUGUCCAGAACAGUGUUCGUUACUUAACACCUACUCAGUAGAUAUUGGUCGAAAGAAUUAAUGGUACUUUUACAUUUUUUUCAUUGUGUGGGAAUAAUGAUUAACUUCUACAGUUACAAAUAAGUUGCUACUAUAACCAUAUGUCCUUGGGGAAUGUUAAUUUUUUUAAGCUCAAUAGAAAAUAUUCUUGGCAUUUUUCUUGCUGAAUACUAGGGAUUUUAAUAAAAUGUUUAUAUUU